UGUAUCAAGUCUCCUAAUAUUUCCUUGCAGUCAGAGAGGUGGUCAGCUUAAAAGCACAGUGAGGAGCUUCAAAAGCUGGCUGGCAAAGGUUACCUACAUGCAGGAAUGCAAGGGCCAUCACUCCUUCCAGGACUCUGUUUUCUGCUAAGUUUGUCAGAAGUCAUGGCUCGGAUGACCAAAGCAGCUACCUGUCCACAGUGCCCCCAACACGCUUUCUGUGUCCACGGCACCUACUGUACCUGCGACUCUGGAUACGCUUCUGACUCUGGGAAGAAAUUCUUCACAUUCCCCCUUGAGACAUGCAAUGACAUUGAUGAAUGUAAACCACCCAUUAGCAUAUAUUGUGGACUUAACGCUGCAUGCCAGAAUGUCGAAGGAAGUUUCCACUGCCACUGUAAUCCUGGGUACAAACUCCUCUCUGGGGACACACAAUUCGAGAAUUCCAAUGAGAACACUUGUCAAAAAACCACUUCCUCAAAGACGACCAGAGACACGGAAGAGCUGCAACGUGUUGUUGAGAAAUUCGAGUCACUUGUCACUAAUGACACUCCCUGGGCAAUGGGAGAGAAGAGAGAAGUCGCAUCUUGGGCCACAACUCUUCUCCAGACUGUAGAAUCGAGCGUUCUAGAAACUGCCUUGAAAUCCCCAGAGCAAAAAAACCAGAAAAUUCACAACAGUACUGUGGCUAUUGAAACUCUAGUUGUUACAGACAAUUGCUCUGAAGAAGGAAAGGUCUUCAGCUUGAACACCUACAUGAACUCAGUGGACAUCCGUUGCAAUGACAUCGUGCAGGAAAACGUGAAAGGUCCCACCGCAAUUGCCUUUAUUUCAUACUCUUCUCUUGGAAACAUCAUAAACGCAACGUUCUUUGAAGAGGCAAAUGGCAAAGACCGAGUUUACCUGAACUCUCAGGUAGUGAGUGCCGCUAUUGGACCCGAAAGGAAUACAUCUCUCCCCAAGUCUGUGAUUCUGAGUUUUCAGCACGUGAAGAUGAAGCCCAGCAGUGGAAAGGCCGUCUGCGUCUACUGGAAAAGCACGAACGAGGGCGGCCAGUGGUCCAGCGACGGCUGUUUCCUGAUACAAGCAAACAAAAGUCACACCAUAUGCAACUCCACUCACCUGUCCAGUUUUGCUGUCCUCAUGGCCCUAACCAACCAGGAGGAGGAUCCCGUGCUGGUUGUCAUCACCUACGUGGGGCUGGGCCUCUCUCUGCUGUGCCUCCUCCUGGCAGCCCUCACCUUCCUCCUGUGCAAAGCCAUCCAGAACACCAGCACCUCGCUCCACCUGCAGCUCUCGAUCUGCCUCUUCCUGGCCCACCUGCUCUUCCUCACGGCCAUCGACCAGACCAAGAUCAAGCUGCUGUGCGCCAUCAUCGCGGGGGCCUUACACUAUCUCUACCUGGCCUCCUUCACCUGGAUGCUGUUGGACGGUCUACACCUCUUCCUCACGGCACGCAACCUGACGGUGGUCAACUACUCCAGUGUGACCAGGUUCAUGAAGUGGCUCAUGUUCCCUGUGGGCUAUGGAGUCCCGGCUCUAAUCGUGGCCAUUUCUGCUGCAUCCAGACCUUCCCUUUAUGGAACACGUGUUCGCUGCUGGCUCGACCUGAACCAGGGAUUCAUCUGGAGUUUCCUUGGCCCCGUCUGUGUGAUUAUCUGUGUGAAUUUAAUAUUUUUUAUCCUGAUCCUUUGGAUUUUGAAAAGGAAACUUUCCUCUCUCAAUACUGAGUUAUCAACCAUCCAUAAUGUAAGGAUGCUGACACUCAAAGCGAUGGCUCAGCUCUUCAUCCUGGGCUGCACGUGGUGUCUGGGCCUCCUGCAGGUGGGGCCAGCUGCCCGCGUCAUGGCUUACCUCUUCACCAUCAUCAACAGCCUGCAGGGAGUGUUCAUCUUCCUGGUGUACUGCCUCCUCAGCCAGCAGGUCCGAAAAUGGUUCAGAGAGAUCAUGAAAUCUAAACCUGAGUCUGAGACUUACACACUUUCCACCAGGUUUGGCGCAAACUCAAGACCCAGUGAGGGGACUGGCUCCAUCCAAGCUGCUGGUUCCGUCGUAGGUCCAUCCGUGUUGGUUCACAGACUGGCAGAGUCUUCCGUGGAAGGGCGGGAGGUUCUCAUCCCCAAGAGCCGAGGGGCACUCGAGUAG